AUGCUUGACAUAAGAAAUUUGAUGCCCUGCUAUAGAGAUGACCUGAUGCACGACGAAUUAGAAGAAAAAAUCAGAUGGCUGGCAGAAAAAUCAGAAUCAGCCCAAGGCUCACAUAUUCUUGCAGACUGUGAAUUUAGCAAUUAUUUGCUUGAAACUAUUGAAAUUUGUGAAGAUUUUUUCCCAAAAUUGCCGACAUUUUUGAUGUCGUUUAACUAUAAAAUGUCAAUUGAAGAAGAAUUUAUGAUGCAUGAGCUGUCGAAUUAUUCACAAAUUUUGCAUGUAAUUUGUAACCAAGCUGACGAUAAGACAGGGUGGGCAGCUGCUGCGACUGUAUUGGAUUCUACUUGCUAUUGGUAUAGAAAUCAAGAACAAAGGAUAGGAAAUAUUAUUCAAGGACUAAUGCCGAGGAGCCAAGGAAAUUUGGUAUCAGCAGAAAUGAGCGGAGAUUUUGAAUAUAAACUUGGGCCGAGUGGAAAUGAGAUUUAUUCUCUUGAAUUUUCCAGAGGAGAUGAGAACUGUGAAGCUGUGCCAAUUCCGAAUGGAUUCCCUAUUUCUUUUGAAAGAGAAAAUAUAAAAAUUUCGGCUAAUACUGGGAUUUAUGAAUUUUUGGAAGAAUUCAAGCAGAGACCUGACCAUAACCAUAAUCGUGAUGAGCUGCUGGAAACAAGAAAUUAUUUAUCCUCACUUAAAGAUAACUAUAUGUUAUAA